AUGGAUAGCAAUAGUGGCAAGAAGGUUGCAGCAGAGGCAUUAAUUUCAAGGUUUGAGAUUACCAAGCUUCUCAAACAAGAUCAGAAUGGCCGGCGCAUUGUCAUUCAAGGCUCAAUAGAUGGUCAACAAGGCCUCCUUAUAGCUGAACGUGCCGCAUUCGCAACUGAGUCUCUCGCCGUCCUAAAGGCCUUCCACUCUUCAAUCACGCGCAUACACAAUUUAGGCGAUAACGACAUAUAUCGAUGGUACCUAGCAUCCUCGGGCAUAGAUUGUGAUGGGCAUCAGUCGCACGAUCUUAAGCUCAAUGUCAUCUGGCCGUGCACGGAGCAGCAUAUCAAGAAGUACUCGGACCAGGUGCUGCGCAUGGUCACGGAAACGCCGGAGAUAUAUCGGGACUAUGUACGACCAUACAUGCAGGAGAAGAGGGAGGAAGGGCGGCUGAACUGGGUGUUCAAUAUCCUGGAGGGUCGCACAGAGCAGGAGGAUGUUAUGCUGCGGGAUGAUGGGCACGGAGCCGAGGAUGCGUUCUUGAUGCUGCCUGAUCUGAACUGGGAUCGAAAAACGCUGGGAUCGUUGCAUUUGCUGGCGCUUGUACAUCGGCGUGAUUUAUGGAGCUUGAGAGAUCUGAAGAAGAAGCAUGUCCCCUGGCUAAAGUAUUUGAGGAAGAGGGUGCUUGAGGGAACCGUGAAAAUGUAUCCGGACCUGGAAGAAGAUCAGUUGAAGCUUUACGUGCAUUAUCAACCGACCUACUAUCAUUUCCACAUCCAUAUUGUCAAUGUCAUGCUUGAGGCAGGCGCUACGCAGGCUACUGGAAAGGCAUUCGGUCUGGAGAAUCUCAUUUCUCAGCUUGAGACUCUCUCUGGCGGCGAAGAGGCGAGCAUGGCAGACGUCAGCUUGACCUACUAUUUGGGCGAGGCGAGUGAGCUUUGGACGGAGAUCUAUGCGCCUUUGAAGCGCGGGGAGAAGCUGGCAGGCAAAUAA